AUGAAAAUUGACUUCAAAGGAGAGAGUGUUAAAGGAACUAGCCACUUAAAGAAUCACUUAGACAAGUGUAAUGGGAAAAGUAGUAGAGACAUUGGUCCGCAAAUGCUAUCCAUAUCCAAAAGUUUCCCUGAGGCUGCUGCCAUGUUGGAUGUCCUUGAAGUUUACAAACGUGAAAAGGAAAAGUUACACAACCACUUAGAGAAACUCCCAGGUAGAAUCACUCUAACUACUGAUAUUUGGACAUCUGAUCAUCAAGAUAUUGUCAAUGAUGCGAUGGUUAGAGAAACUGUGAAGUAUUUGAAAAGGUCUCCAUAUGCAACACAAAAAUUUGAAACUGUGAAGUAUUUGAAAAGGUCUCCAUAUGCAACACAAAAAUUUGAAACUGUGAAGUAUUUGAAAAGGUCUCCAUAUGCAACACAAAAAUUUGAAACUGUGAAGUAUUUGAAAAGGUCUCCAUAUGCAACACAAAAAUUUGAAACUGUGAAGUAUUUGAAAAGGUCUCCAUAUGCAACACAAAAAUUUGAAACUGUGAAGUAUUUGAAAAGGUCUCCAUAUGCAACACAAAAAUUUACUCAUGCAAAAUAUCAACUUAGGUUGAUAGAUAAGAAAAAGGUGAAGAUGGAUUUUUCUACUAGGUGGAAUUCUACUUUUGAGAUGAUUGAAAGUGCAAUAGAGAUGAAAGAGGUGCUUUGUCGCCUAGCACAAAUAGAUCGUAAUUAUAAACUCUAUCCAAGUGAUGAAGAAUGGAAAAUUGCUAAAGUUCUAUGUGAUUACUUGAGAAUAUUUUAUGAUGCAACAAAUCAUUUUUCUGGUUCUCAUUUCCUCACAUCAAAUGUGUUUUUUCCGGAUGUUUGUAAUAUUCAACUACAUUUAUCUAAAUGGGAAAGAAGUGAGCACGGUUUUUUGAGUAUGAUGGCUGGCCCAAUGAAAUUGAAGUUUGUUAAAUAUUGGGAGAAGUGUUGUUUGGUAUCAGCAAUUGCUAUUGUUUUUUAUCCAAGAUUUAAAAUGGAUUUGGCUGAAUAUUAUUAUGAUAAAUUCUAUGGUGUUGAUGCUCAUACACAUGUUGAAAGAGUUCAUAAGGCAACAUUUAACCUUUUCAAUGAGUAUGAUGAUAGUUCAUCCCAAUCUGAAGUGGAAGCAAGUCAAGAAGUUGGUUCUAGUAGUGAUCACGAAAUGGGGGCAUUUCUAGAGGACCAUCUAGAGGACCAAUUGAGUGGGUUUGAUUCUUGGUCAACACAAUUUCGAUCUUCUAAUUUGUCAUGUUCUUCGAAAAAGUCAGAAUUAGAGAAGUACUUGGAGGAACCAUUAUUUCCAAGAACUGAAAAUUUUAAAGUUUUGAAUUGGUGGAAGGUUAAUAAUGCUAAAUUCCCCACUCUUGGAAAAUUUGCUCGUUACAUAUUAGCUGUUCCAGCAACUACUGUUGCGUCUAAGGCUGUAUUUAGUGUGGGAGGAAGAGUAAUUGAUGAUUUUCAUGCUUCGUUGCUUCCGAAAACUAUAGAAACUUUGGUGACCACACAAGAUUUGCUCGCUUCCCCAAAAAAGAAGAGUAAGUAA